AUGCAAAUUCUCCAACUGACCCGAAAAGUUGAACCCAGCGCCCCGGAGCUUUUGGAAAGUUCGGUCGAGGUCAUAUUUGAGAGCUACACUGCGCAUGAUGGCGUAAUUACUGUCAAGAUAGUCGUGAGACAGCCCUCGUUGACGCGCUUCGGUGGCCAUCCGCUGGAAGGCCCGGCCGACGGCGCGAUGAACACAUAUGGUAUCCUCACAAUGCCUCCACAGGGUGUCCGCGUUGAACAUGAUGAAUGGCUCCGUCCCCGCAAGUCCUGUAAUGCUUCCGCCUCUGCGUGCGGCCCCUUGAGUCACGCCCGUGGUGACGAACUGGAUUGCCAGCUGCGGCUUCAGGUCACGAACUGUGUCCAGCAGCGGCUGCAUCUCCUCCUUCCAGAUCUGAGUGCAGUAGGUGUCGCCUGCAUGAAAGACGGGUACUCCAUGGCCAUUUUCGUCACAAAACCCGUUUGGUGGCCGAUGACGGUGGAAUUCAAAAGCGGGGGGACCUUACGCAUCUCCCGGUAUGCUGAAGGGUUCGCAAUGGCAUCGCAUUACAUGACCGAGGCGCCCCAGAUCCAGUCAGGCCGUGCGGGGUCGAUGGGGGCGGUUGCCUCGAGCGUAAACGAGGUGACGAUGCCAACAACCGCCCCGCAGCGCCCGAUAGAGGUCGGGAUGGCUCACGGCACUUGCAUUGACGAUCAGGCCGUUGGCGAGGACGACUUCGUAGAAGCGGACAUUAUCGGCUCCGAGGCCGUACAGGUUGGAGUCCCACGAGAUGCCUCCUUCCAGGAGGAAACCACCUAG